UCCCUAAAAUUUAGCUCCCAUCUGCUCUGUUCCAUCCGUUUCAUACUCCAUUACGAACACACGAUAAAUUGCACAAAUCAGGGACUGACCCACUACCUGAGUUCACCUAUAUAAAUUAGUAUUCGAAUCGUCCUAGGCAGCAACCGCAGAAUUCUGGUAAAAUUUGCACCAAUUUGAAAGCCUAAGUUACAGAGUAGAAGUGAAUUAGUUAUAGUGAUCUUUGAAGUUGGUAGGGGGAGGAAAAAGUUAGGAAAAAUAGGAGGGUGUUUGUCAACCGGCGGCCAGCCGGCGGCGCAGGCUGCCUCGGCGUCGCAGGCGGUGGUCAGGAGGCUCCCGCUGCCGGAAAACACUGACGGUGGUAGUGACAACGCCAAGAUGAAGGCGCUAUUCAAGCCGAAGCCCAAGACCCCCGCUGACCUGGUUCGCCAGACACGUGAUCUCCUUAUCUUGGCCGAUCGCGGGACGGAUACUAAAGAAAGCAAGCGCGAAGAGAAGAUGAUGGAGUUGAGCAAACACAUCCGAGAUCUGAAGUCAAUACUUUACGGCGACAGUGAAUCUGAGCCCGUCUCAGAAGCUUGCACACAGUUGACUCAGGAGUUUUUCAGAGAGAACACUCUACGCCUCCUAAUUACAUGUCUGCCCAAGUUAAAUCUAGAAACCCGCAAAGAUGCUACUCAGGUUGUUGCAAAUCUGCAGAGGCAACAGGUUCAGUCACGACUGAUCGCUUGUGAUUACUUGGAAAAGAACAUUGAUCUAAUGGAUACCUUGAUAGCAGGUUAUGAGAAUACAGAUUUGGCAUUACAUUAUGGUGCAAUGUUGAGGGAGUGCAUUCGCCACCAAACUGUUGCUAGGUAUGUUUUGGAAUCAGAGCACAUGAAGAAAUUUUUUGAUUACAUACAACUUCCAAAUUUUGAUAUUGCUUCUGAUGCUGUAGCCACUUUCAAGGAACUAUUGACCAGGCAUAAGUCAACAGUAGCUGAAUUUCUUUCUAAAAAUUACGACUGGUUCUUUGCAGAGUAUAACUCAAAGCUGCUCGAAUCCACAAAUUAUAUUACUAGAAGGCAAGCUGUCAAGGCAAGGCAUUUUAUGCUCUCUUUCGGGAGUGCCAUAGCCUUUUUCUUUCCCUCUCCUUGCUAAAUGCAUAAAUGAAUUACAUUGGCCCAU